AGAGAUAUCUAAAUUAUGUGUAUACAUCCCAGAAAGUGCAUACGCCUUUGAGCUGGUCGCGAUAUUCGACUACAAAUCAACAUCUACUAUUAAUGAACUGUCAUGAGAAUGCUACUUAAAAGGAACCCCGUUUCUUACACCACACAGGUCUAAGUAAUUCACCACAGUAGAAAUCAAACGUACAACAUGAUAGCCCGAAGUCUGCUACUUCUGAUUCCGUUCACCAUGUAUUUGGUCAGUACAACAGACGGAUGCGGACGAGGAGAUUUGAGAAUUUUGGAGAAGUAUUGGUUAGACGAAGAAUUGUCGGAACUGACGGAUAUGAAAAUGGCUCCAGAAGUGCUCGAUAUAUUUUUAGAAGUGAUACAUAAGAAAGAACAAUACCGUAAGCUGCAAGACGAAAUAGAUCGAUUGAGGCUUACAAUGGAGAAAGAACUGGCGGAAAUUUACCUAUUGGAAAAAGAUGCAUACAUAAUUGAAAAACAAACAUUCAUAAUUGAAAAACAAGACCCAAAGUUAAAGGAAGAAAACCAACGGAAAAAAGAAAAGGCGUUUUCAUCUUUCAAGCUCGCUUACACCCACAUGUACAAUGACAUGACAAAGUUCUUGCGAAAGCUUUUGAAGAAGCUGAAAAGAAGAGACCUAAGUGAGGUUCAUUAUCUCAAGGGCAUUUCUCACAUCAUGUCGCCAAACGACGCCUUCUUUGAUAUCAAGCAUACGAGCUUGGUUCUGGAGAGGUGGAAGAAGACGGUCAAUACACUGAAGCUUGUGCUCAUGAACGUUGAUAGAUAUGCCUCGAAAGAAAAUCUGAAAAUGUUUACAAAAUAUAAGAAAAUUCUAGACUGGUGGAUUCCAGCGGUUGAAAGCAAUGCAAUCUUCCUGAGGCUUGAAAGUGCUUCUGUUGAUUAACACACAGACCAUGAUGAUUCAAGAGAAACGCGUCAUUUUGUAAAAUAGUUACAUUGUGGCUUUGUAAUAGAUGUCUGACAAUAAAUAUCGGAAAGUUUGUUUUA